CUGGUAUUUUAGAUUGCGUCUUUGAUUUGCGGCGUGAAGUGGAGAGUUAAACUUGUAAGGCCACCAUGUAGCUUUCCUGCAAGCAUUUUCGCAUACGUAUGUCUUAGCGUCGCUCUUCUUUCAUUACUCGAUUUUUCAGAAUAGUUGAAUACAGGUGAAUAUUUAAGUGUUUAUCUUGAAGAAUUCAAAAUGACGAAGUACACGAAGUUUCGCAUAGGCGCCAAGGACGACACGGAGGUAUUCGAAGGACUAACAAUGAACGAAGCGGCAAAAUUUAUAUCAAAAACUCCUGCUGGUCGUAAAAAUAUUGACGACAGUUUCUAUAUAUGCGAUUUCGGCGAUCUUGCAAAGAGGCAUGAAAGAUGGAAUGAGUUAUUUCCCAACACGCGUCCGUUUUAUGCAGUGAAAGUCGCUCCAUAUCCACCAAUGAUUAGGUGUUUGGCUGCAAUGGGCGCUGGAUUUGACUGUGCAAGUCAGGAGGAAAUUGAUUUGGCAUUAAACAAUGGAUCAACUCCGGAUUCUAUCAUUUAUGCCAUUCCUUCAAAACCAGUCUCAUAUAUUAUUCAUGCAAGAGAGAAAGGAGUGAAAAAGUUGGUAUUCGACAGUGAACUAGAACUUCACAAAAUCAAAAAACACUUUCCAGAUUCAGAGUUGGUAUUACGAAUAACUGUUGAAAAUGCCAAAGCUGAGUAUCCUUUCGGUGACAAGUAUGGUGCAACAAUGGAAGAAGCUCGUCAUCUUAUCAGUGUUGCACACUUAACCAACAUGAAGAUAAUAGGAAUAAGCUUUCAUGUUGGUAAUGGAUGUCUCGACGCUACUUCAUACCAAGAAACAAUUAAACAAGCAAGAGAACUGUUUGAUUACGGAAAAACAUUUGGAAUGAAUUUUGAUAUGUUAGAUAUUGGAGGAGGCUUUCCUGCACUUUCGGAACCCGCUUUGUCUAUUGAAAACAUAGCUUCAACCGUGAAUGUUUCGGUAAAAAAAUAUUUUCCUCUUGAAAAAUUUAAUAACUUAAGAGUUAUCGCGGAGCCGGGAAGAUAUUAUGCAGCCACCCCAUUUGUUUUAGCAACAAACGUGAUAACAAAGCGGGAAAACACAAACCAACCUAAUGUGGAUGUUGAAUACACUAUCAAUGAGGGAAUCUACGGAUCUCUGCAGUUUUCGUAUGCAAUUUUACCGGGAGAGGUAACUCCCUAUGUUCCGGAGGAAAAUGCAGACAAGGAUCGCCAUUAUGCUUUGCUGUGGGGUCCAACUUGCGACAGUCGCACUUUAGCGAAGAGAAUGUUUGUGCCAAAAUUGAACUGCGGCGACUGGCUGUUUUGGAAAGAUGCUGGAGCUUACACUUUUGCACGUUCAAGUGGUUUUAACGGAUUUAAAACAACGGCAUUUUACAACAUUAUUCCAGCAGAAAAUGAGGCGAUAUUCUGGUCCCUGAUAAUUGGCAAAACCGAAAUAUCAUUGGGAGGAUAAGAAGAUUGUCAGAAGUUAUCAUUUGAUGAAAGAAAAAUAUUAAGCAGAAAUAUAUGUUUUAUGUUUAUAUUGUUAAAUAAAUUUACAGAUUUUGUCACAUGUUUUAAAUUACGAUGUAGUAGGCCUAUUUGGUAUCUGUAAUACAAUUGCAAAAGAAGGGUUAUGAAUUAUUACACAAUAAAAUAGUGUACUGCAA